AUGCAAAUAUACAUUAUUCUAACAUAGUCUAGAAAAAUCUCAUUCCGUUUUACUCCAUAUUACCCACUUGCAAAACAGCAAAAGUUAGACCAUUGCCAUGGCUACCGUAUCCCUCUAAACAGUACCUGUGUACUUGAAAAAUCACCGGCUGUAACUGUUGCCCCUUUCUUGGAACCAACUGAAAUGCAUGGUUUAAUUGGUGAAAACGAGUACUGGAUAUAGAUUCUGUGGUAUCAGCACAGGUAAUCAAAGUAUAGCCAUAUCCUGGAAUGGUAGAAAGAGCUGGCCUUUCUGGACUUCAUUUUAUCUAUUCAGUUUUCCUCUAAAAAGACUGGUUGGAAAGAGCUGGUAUUUGUGUAUAUUUUUUUCCACCAAGAACAUCUUCUGCACACUUCAUUUUUUCUGUUCAAUCGUAGUUUGGGUACCUGACUUUGUGCUUAUGCUGUUGGAGAAACUAUGCAGAGUUUUACAUUGGUAAAUUCAGCAGAUAUUUUUCAGAAUGGGUUUGAAUGGAACAAUAUAUACAGAAUAAUCAUCUAGCACUAGGAGUUUAAGUGGCCAAUCAACUUGUACCUAUAAGGCUAUAACUGUCAUGGAAAAAUUAUUCCAUCCAUUAGGCAAUGCUGGUUCUCUUUUUAGCCUAACUAAGAUUGCCACUCCCUAGAUGAACCUAUAGUUUCCCUCUUGCAGUAAUUUGUUUAGAUGAAACAGAUACUCAUGGAGCCAUGGAUCAAAGUUGGCGAAUGGCUGUGGUGUUUGUGAUAUGCAUGAAAAUGUGGAUGUUGAAGCUUACGGCAUCAACAUGUGCACUCCCAAAUUUCCUUUUCUCAAACAUUAUUCCUCAAAGUGUCUUCCCACACACCAUAUUUAGCUCUGCUGGAUAACCUAUGCAACUGUCUUUCUUGUCCUGUAGUCAUUAAGCCAUUAUUAUUUUCCAACUCUGCAGUACAAAAAUUUAUCUGCAGUCACCUCGGUGAGUUCCUUUUUUGUGCCUUUUGGAGGAUCAUUCCAAUGCUACUCUAUUUUCAUUUUUGUCCAGUUGUGAAAGUUGUGAAUGGCUUCCUCCUGAAUUCCAAGUUCAGUGUGUAAAUUUGGCCAAUGGUACCUGAACUAAUAGAUGUGCACUGAUAGUAGCUUUAGCUUUAGAGAUUUGUUUUAAUUCCCUGUUUACCUACCAUCCAGCCUAGUAUAAUCUAGCUUUCAAUGAUGAGCAUGUUGGGGUUCUGCGUCAAGAUCUAGAUUCUUUUCCUUGUUAACACUGAAAUAGCUGUAUUGUAUUCUUUCGGUUGUUGGGCACUAAGAAGUAAGAACGCUGUCAGAACCUUAGUUUUAAUAUUCAUUGGCAAGUAGGUCUUAGAUUUUCUAGAAGUAGGUAUUCAUCUCACAAGAGUGUUGAAUCGUAGACAGCUGACCCUUCAGUAUGUCCAUAUCAGAUGAUUCCCUCUCUUGUGUCAGAGUAAUACCUGUCAUUUUUAGCUUUGAUUAAGAACACUGUCAGAAGCUUCUUGCAUUACAAAAUCAACCUUGUCAGGUUAUUGUUCCUUUUGCCAGUAUAUACGUCUAGACACAUUCCUGUGUAUUACUUACCUUCAUUCAGGAUAUCACCACAUUGUCACUCUGUUCUGGGAUUCACUUGUUUUUUGGCUGUUAAAGAUUCUAUUUGCUUGUUAUAUGGCAAAAAUAUAUGAUGAUAACGCACCGAGAUAAAUGUAAAGUUUCACUGACUAGUACGACUCCAUUGUGUUGUGUACUUGUGUGGAGGUCGGUGGUCAAAAGAUUAUUCAGCUGUUGCCCAGAUCCUGCCAAUGUUGAGGUAGGUACGACCAAUUUUCGUUGCCAAUACUUGCACCUUGCAUAUCCUUCUCACAACUGAACAGGACCUGCCUAUUGAGGAUCUUUUCAGUAUCAGGCCAUGAGCCUUCAUCAUUGUCCCUGCUCGAUCUGCUUUGCAAAUUUUACUUGGACCUCAUGAUUCACAUAUCUCUUUUCAAAGUUUACAUACAAACAGGGUGAUAAAGUAAAAUAAUCAAGGCAUGUGAGGGCCCUGUUAACAUAGGCUAAUACUAUAAGAUAAUGCAUGUGAUUCCUAGCAUCUAUUAGCAGGCAGGCCUACUUGUCCUAUUGUUUACAUAAGCAGUACUCUUGGUUCUCUUAAUUGGUUAAAUGUAGACUUAAACCUGAGAUUGAUCUCACUGGCGUGUGUGACCUUGGGUGGGGUGCUGGGGCCAAGGGGUUUCUGCAUAAAUAUAACCACGUCCACGUGACAACCUACCUGUACUGAUUGGAUCGAACUACAUGUGGCCCGUGAGACAUGCUGCCAUCAAGAUACGCUUAGAUCAUCACCGACUAGCUGGUUCUGAUUGGAGAUUUGAUAUUUAUAUUGUUUUCUCAUCGUACUUAAGAGCAACUUGGUGAUUUGCAGAGUAGCUUACUCUGCAAAUGGCAUUCUAUGCAAGUUUAAUGAUGGUAGUUAGUAGUUACGCUCAGAGCAUAACUUGGGCCAGUUAAGUAGUUAACUUCGUGGAAUGGUUAAUGGGAUAGUGUUAUAGGAAAGUAGUAGUACCUAACGAUCCAUCAUUAUUGUACUAGGCAGUGGAUCUUGCCAAUUGAAUAUUCAGAGACAAAGAGAACUUUUAGUGCAUGCGUAUGCGGUGAUUGGCUGGCUAAUCAGAUCGUUAUCAGGCUAAUAGGAUCUGUAUUAACCAACUCUUGCGCAUGUCCGAUGUCAUUAGUUUGUCAUAACACAUUAUCUACAAUUUAAAAAGUCUGCUAUGUUAUUAAGUUCCGCACCAGUUUACUAGAUCUCUUAAGCUCUUAAAUGAUGUGCAGUAUCAUGACUGGGUGGGCAAAUUAUGGCAUCAAUGCAUUGGAACGAUUACCUGCUUAUGAUCUAAAGAUGGAACUGAUUAAUUACAUUGAGCUGCCUGGAAACUAUGUAUUUGUUCUGUUAUGAUGUAUUACUAGUUGAUAGUUGAACUUUACUAGCUCGUGAAAGCCGAGAGUGUCUAGAGACUUGGAUCAAAAUGCAAGUACCCACAAUGCUUACAAGUUGAGCUUUUACUGUCAUGUUCACAUCGUAAUACUGUCUUGUAAGCUUCUAGACAGUACGAAGGGCUAAUCCAUGUUGUACUAGCUCAGGUGUCAGUGUGUCACUGAAGGAAUAAAGCUGGUUGUUCCACUAUAGUUGCUGUACUGGUUGGCUCAUUGCAUUGACUGGUCAAAUUUCACAAUGAUUCUUCUUAGUUGUCCAGCAAUAAUUUCCUGGAAAGACAGAUUCAUUCUAAUAUGAUCUGUACAUAUACUAGUCUUUGUGAACGUAUUUGGUGCCAUAGUCCAAUGCAUCUAGCUCUUAUUGCUUACAGAGCUAGGUGUUGCGGCUAACACAUGGAAGUGUUUCUUCAUAAUAUGCAGUUAUUAAGUAGUAUAACUUGUUGCAACCUGUAUAAACUUACAUGUAUCAAUUCAUACACGAGAGCUUGUUCCGAGCCGAAGGCAUACAUGAUAAUGCUAUACUAAUUGGAAGCUUGGUUACGGUAUUUUACAUCAGGUCUACUUGAGCAACAGAACAAGAAUGAGAAUGACUGAAGUAGAGGAACCAAAGGGUUUCAUGAAGUAAUUAUUUCACGAGAUUGCAGGCGCCACAAGACAUGGGCUGUGGGUGCCAAAUGAUCGAAGAGACCAGUCAGCAUCAUGACACUGCUGAAUCAGAUACAGACUGUGAGGUAUUCAGCACUCUAAAAUCUAUUAGCCGUUCUGUUUACAGACUGAUGUUUCAGUUGCGUGCCUGGUAUUAGUUGUCUUUUAAAUUCAUGCCGAUGCAAGAGUGGAUUUUUAAAGUCUACAAAUUGAAAUUUCUUAAUUUUUUAUCUGGUAGAAUUGACAUACAAAUAUGGAUUAGGAAACUGUAUACAUAUGUCUACGGGACACUUGCAUGUUAAUGAAGUAGUGAGUAUUGAGUAGUGACUGGAAUUCACCCAGUAUUGCUGUUCCUCCGGGCCAUAUUUUUCCUACUGUUUAUGAAGACAAGAGAUUUAUGCUGCAUGCAUGGGUGUAUACUGAAUCCUAGACAUGUCCAAAGAGAGUCGCACACAAAUCCAUCUACUAGUAACUGUACAGCCACUGUUCUUCUUUCAUGUACAGAUUGAAUAUAGAAUGUGGGGCAAAACUAAUAAACCAAUAUAUAUUUUGGUAGUUCAAGUAACAUGGCCUGUGUGCUUUCUUCUGACAGUACUGGCCUCCAAGUCGUCUCUCGCGCCAGCAUUUCUUCUCAUGUUGUUCAAAGUUCCCUCCCACUUGCAGCGGCGAUGCACGAGUAGCAUAACACUCACACAAGCUCCUCAGUCACGGUCGAGGCAGUCAGGCUCGUCGAGGAUCACUGACGAGCAAAUCAGCGACCUUGUCUCCAAGUUGCAGGACCUCCUCCCUGAAGCGCGCCUCCGGGGCAAUGACAGAGUGCCAUCUUCAAGAGUGCUGCAGGAGACGUGCAGCUACAUCAGGAGCUUGCACCGGGAGGUCGACGACCUGAGCGAGAGGCUGUCUGAGCUGCUGGCGACGUCGGACAUGAGCACCGCACAGGCGGCUGUCAUCCGCAGCCUUCUGAUGUAGUGAGAGAGAGAUGGUCCUCGUCCUCGCCACUGUUCUUGCCGAGCGCACAACCCCGAGUUUGAAGUUUGUAGCUUAGAGCGUGAUCACUUAAUCUAGCGCCGGCGUUGCCAUGUUACCUAAUUCGUGUCUACGUGGAUACAUGCUGCUAUCGUGUCAUCAUUGUUAAUCAGGCCCAUCUUUUUCGUGUACUUAAUCGUCAU